AUGCCCAACCACAAAGUUCUCCUACCGGAGCGGGAGGUAACCGACUUUGAGCAACAUGCGUACGAAUGCACAUACCUAAUAGGCAAAGGAGCCGGCGACGUGCGAUGGGACAUCGACGCCGAAGACUGUUCACUCCGCUUCGAAUCCGCUUCGCAGGGCCCUCCUGCCAAAAUUUCCUUCACAUUUACUGUGACGCGUGCUCUUUGCAAUACACUCGGUAGCCUACAUGGCGGGUGCGCAGCUACACUCGUCGAUAUCCUCUCCACAACAAUUUUGAUGGGUGUGUCGCGGCCCGGCAGGUUCGGGUUCGGUGGCGUGAGCCGGAACCUCAGGUUGACAUAUAUCCGGCCCGUCCCCUUAGGAUCUGAGGCGAGGAUUGUGUGUGAGGUCGUGCAUGUUGGAAAACGACUGGCGCUUUUAAGAGCGGAGAUUCAAAAGCCCGAUACUGGGGAUAUUUGCGUUGUUGCUGAGCACGAGAAGGCGAAUACAGAUCCGGAAGUUGAUCAGAAGAUUUGA